AUGGCAUUCGAGGAUACCGCAGCAGCAGCAGCGCAGCAGCAAGAGGCUGCAGCAGCAGCAGAAGCAGCAGCUCCUGCUGCUGCUGCAGUUGUUGCUGCUGGUGAUGGUGCUGCUGCUGCUGUUAAUGUAGAGGAAAUUCCAGUUGAUGCUGCUGCAGCAGAAGCCGAAGCAGCAGCAGCAGCAGCAGCAGCAGCAGGGGAUGCCCCACUGCCUGCUGGCACCGACCCCGCAGCAGCAGCAGGAGAAGCAGCAGCAGCAGCAGGAGAAGCAGCAGCAGCAGCAGACGAAAUUGAUUCACCUAUUGAAGGUGCUGAUGGCGCAGCAGCAGCAGGAUCAGCAGCAGGAACAGCAGCAGCAGCAGCAGCAGCAGCAGCAGCAAAGAACAAGCUGCUGCUUGCUGUUUUGUUAGGUAUUCUGUUGUCUUUUGUUGUGGGUUUAAUGGGGGGCAUACAAAUAGGAAAAUCAAGAGGUGCUGCUGCGCUGCAGCAGCAGCAGCAGCUGCAGCAGCUAGCAGCAGACGGCCUAACAGAAGAGGAGCAGCAGCAGCAGCAGCAGCAGCAGGGGAGAAGAACCCCGCCCCCUAUUUCGCAGAUGCCCCUCAGGCUACCAACAGACCCGUAUGAUGAGGUAGAUGUACCUCGCCCGUAA